AGAUGGAGGUUUAUCCUGAUUUGCAGAUAACAAAUGUUGUUGAGGCCAACCAACCUGUGACAAUCCAGAACUGGUGUAAAAAGGGCCGUAAGCAGUGUAAAGGGCACCCCCACAUCGUAGUUCCUUAUAGAUGCUUGGUUGGUGAGUUUGUCAGUGAUGCCCUCCUUGUCCCAGAUAAAUGCAAGUUUCUACAUCGGGAGAAGAUGGACACCUGUGAGAGCCAUCUGUAUUGGCACACUGUGGCGAAAGAGACCUGUGGUGAUAAGAUAAUGAACCUGCAUGACUUUGGGAUGUUGCUGCCUUGCGGUAUUGAUGAGUUUCGUGGAGUGGAAUUUGUUUGCUGCCCCAUUCCAGAAGAAAACGACAAGAUUGAUGACUCUGACAUGGAUGAAGAGGACUCAGAUGUGUGGUGGGGAGGCGAUGAUGAUGACUAUGCAGAUGGCAGUGAUAAAAUUGUUGAAGAGCAACCAAUAGAGGAUGAAAGUGAAAUUGAUGAUGAAGAUGACGAUGAACUGGAUGGUGAAGAGGCUGAUGACCAGUAUGAGGAUCCCACUGAACAUACAACCAGUAGCACUACUACCACUACAGAGGCCAUUGAAGAAGUUGUGAGAGAGGUUUGCUCUGAGCAAGCAGAAACCGGGCCUUGUCAAGCUAUGUUACCUCGAUGGUACUUUGACAUCAGUGAAGGAAAAUGUGCACAGUUCAUUUAUGGAGGCUGUGGAGGAAACAGAAACAACUUUGCCUCCGAAGAGUACUGUUUGGCCGUCUGUAACAGCGUCAUCCCUACCACAGCUGCCAGCACACCGGAUGCUGUUGACAAGUACCUUGAAACACCUGGCGAUGAGAAUGAGCAUGCUUAUUUCCAGAAGGCAAAGGAGAGGUUGGAAGCCAAGCAUAGAGAGCGUAUGUCAAAGAUAAUGCGAGAAUGGGAAGAAGCUGAGCGUCAAGCAAAAAAUCUGCCAAAAGCUGACAAAAAGGCAGUCAUUCAGCGUUUCCAAGAGAUGGUGGAAUCACUAGAGCAGGAAGCAGCAAGUGAAAGACAGCAGUUGGUAGAGACCCACAUGGCAAGGGUGGAGGCCAUGCUAAAUGAUAGACGCCGUAUUGCAUUGGAAAAUUACCUUGCUGCACUCCAGGCUGAUCCACCCCGGCCCCGACAUGUCCUCAAUGCACUCAAGAAGUAUAUUCGUGCUGAACAGAAGGACAGACAGCACACACUGAAACAUUUUGAGCAUGUCCGCAUGGUUGACCCCAAGAAGGCAGCUCAGAUCAAAUCACAAGUAAUGACUCAUUUACGUGUAAUUGAUGAGCGUAUGAACCAGAGCCUGUCUCUGCUUUACAAGGUUCCUUCAGUUGCAGAAGAGAUCCAGGACGAAGUUGAUGAACUGCUGCAGAAGGAGCAAAGCUACAUUGAUGACUUGGUAGCAAACUCUGUCAGUGACACGCGAAUUAGUUAUGGAAACGAUGCACUGGUCCCAUCUCUCUCUGAGACGAAAACAACAAUAGAACUUCUACCAGAUGACGGAGAGUUUAAUCUUGAUGACUUUCAACCUCUGCAUCCAUUUGAGGUUGACUCCAUCCCUGCUAACACAGAGAAUGAAGUUGAACCAGUUGAUGCGCGGCCAGCACCAGACAGAGGACUAACCACUCGACCAGGCUCUGGACUCACUGGCAUUAAGACAGAGGAGAUAGCUGAAGUAAAGAUGGAGACUGAAUUCCGGCAAGAUUCUGGUUAUGAAGUCCAUCAUCAGAAGCUGGUGUUUUUCCCAGAGGAUGUUGGAUCAAAUAAAGGAGCUAUCAUUGGUCUCAUGGUUGGUGGCGUUGUCAUAGCAACAGUGAUUGUCAUCACCCUGGUGAUGCUGAAAAAGAAGCAGUAUACAUCUAUUCACCAUGGUGUUGUUGAGGUUGAUGCUGCUGUAACUCCAGAGGAACGCCACCUCUCAAAGAUGCAGCAAAAUGGAUAUGAGAAUCCAACGUACAAAUUCUUUGAACAGAUGCAAAACUAAAAAAAAUGCUGACACGUCCGUUCUAAACAGUAGUAUAAUCUCCCAAGCUGGACAGCAUAUGAUAGCUUCUACCGUGUGGUGUUCAGUUUGCCCAAGACACUCCGUGUACCAUUAUUCUGCUCAUUCUCGCCUUUUUUGAACAGCUGUGCUGUAACACAAGUAGAUGCCUGAACUGGAAGAAGCGAAAAUUAAGAAACGAAACAAAUGUAUUCUUGAUGAGCAUUUUAACUGUUUCACUACAUGAUUAUUAAUGAAUGUUUUUUUGUGAAUUGUUAGGAUUUCUCUGUACUUAGUGCAUGAUGAUAUUUGUCUCCUACCCAAUUGCUAUUUAUCAUGUAGUUUGUUAGCAGGUUGUACUGUAAUCUUGUGAUUUUGUGCAGAUUAUGAAGUCCUCCUUAAAUUGCGACAUGCUUUAAAAUAUUCGUGCUAAAGUCGGUGGGGAGGGGUUAUGUGGGUGCUUCUGUCUUGGUCAGUUUUAACUGCUUUGCAGGUGAGCGGAUACCAUGCUGGUUUGGUAUUUCUUUUUUUGAGGUGGGUGGGUGGGAGGGAUGGAAUAGGGCAGAGAGAUGAGAAAAAGCAGGCUUACUAUGCAGUAAAAUUGUAGUGUUAGUGUUGAUUAUUCCAGGUAACACAACAGGACAUUUUUUUUCUUUGCAAGGGAGCUGCUGUUAAACUGAAUCUUCUUCGAUGCUGUACAGUGUCUGUGAGCUGCAGAAUAAAGGAAAUGUCUGAUUUCUUGUGCCUGUGUUUUGUGUACCAAUUUCAGCGUCAUUUACUUCGAAUCUUUUACCCAUGUUAAUCUUUGAUUCUUUUUCUGAAUGUAACUAUAUUAGAUGUGUCCCUGUGACCUGCAUACCCCCAUGACAGAGCAAGCAACUUCAUGGGGACAUGCUCGAAGCAGAUGUAUAUACUGAGAUGUGCUCUCAGUGAUAAGAUGGGUUGUACAGAUGUAGCUUUAAGAAUGGCUUUCUACAAUGUAUUACAUAAAUAAAUUUAACACGAUUCUUAAUGAA